AAAUUUUUAUUUUUAGUAGACCAAAUUUCACCUGCAGUGAUCAUCAAAAUGUGAGCAUCAAAAGUCAUUGAUACAGCAAACAAAUGCUUAUGUUCCUUGUAGCUUGGAUUAUGUUACAAAUGUUUAAAUUAUGACAUUUGUUUGAGGCCUCUACUGUACUUUCUAAAAUUUUCUACAGUAUUAUUAUCAUUGCUGUCAAUGUUUUAGACUAGAAAUAUCAACCUCAGUGAUUUAAAAUUUUACUCGUGUGAGAAGAUGGCAUCCAUUACUACCAAAGAAUGCAGGGUUAUGCUGCACCAACUCUCAGAUGCUGCCGUCUGCAGUGGCGAACACAUUGAGCCAAGCCUCUCUCAAGCAUCUUCUAGUGCUGGCAAAGUAGAGGCUGAAGCCUUGGAAAUGGUCGACCCUUCUCCAGUCAUCAAAGUUUCUGCUAUCUCCAUAAAAAAAGAGCUUGAUGAUGAAACUGAGGACAUAUCCAUCAAAGAAGAGCCAUUCUUGUAUGGAAAUGAGGCUUGCCCAACUGAAAAUCUCAGCCAUGCACCUGCAUUCUCCUCUUGUUUGCCAUGCAAGACAGAAGCUCAAGUUGAGGAACAUGGCAACCACCCAAGCUCAUCGCAGAACAUUUCUGCUCCGUUAGUGAAUCAGUGCCAAACUGGUGGGUCAUCACUGACAUCAGGAGAUGCUGAAGACGUCGCUAGCAUCUCUGGGGCAUCUAACUCCAAGCAAGGCAUGAGGCUUGGUUGUUCCCAGCGUGGAUUGGUGCCUGCGGGUGCAGGCCAACUGCAGCAACAAACUCGUCAAGAACAUACUGGUUCAGGACCCCACCGCUGCUCUGACUGCGAAAACACCUCUAGUUCAGGGAGUGGACUGCAGCAGAAGAAUAAAGCAAUGCAUUUGAUAAAAAACUCGAUUCAGUGCCAAGCCUGUGGUUAUACAUGUACCACAAAGAAAUUAAUGCAAAAGCAUAUAGCCUGCAAACACUCAUGCAGAAGUAAACUACAGUGUCACUUCUGUUUAAAUUCGUGUGCCACAAAAGCUAAACUCAAACAACAUAUUCUCUUGAGGCAUCCUUGGGGAAAUUCACAAAAAUUCGCUGGUCAUAAAUAUGCUGAUAGCUGCAAAAAAAUCUUGCACAAGCGUGGCCUUUCUGAACAGGCAACAAUGAAGAAGUUUGGCUGCUCUGGGUGUGAUUUUGCUUGCACUACAAAAAGGAGCCUCAAAAGACAUUUUAUUCGCAAACAUUCAUUCAAAAAACCUAUUCAGUGCACUGAGUGCAAUUAUGCUUGCACCACAAAAGGCAGAAUGAAAAUACAUUUUCUCUGCAAACACUCAACAGAAAAGCCUAUUAAGUGCUCUGAUUGUGAUUAUGCUUGUACAAGAAAAGGGAGCUUGAAAAUACAUUUUAUUCGCAAACAUUCAACUGGAAAACCUAUUCAGUGCUCUGAGCGUAAGGCACUGCGUAUGGCCCUCCAGGCCAUACGCAGUGCCAAGAGUGGGGCGCGUGGAGCGGGAGCAGCCGUAGAGGGAGGACUGUGCCUGAGGAUAGAUGCACGUAGGGACUUGACCCCAUUGGAGCGGAGGGAAGAUGAGGCCUUAUUCUGGGAAAUGAAAGAGAAGCAGGAGGAGUCAAGACGACCGGGGUACAAUGAUGCCGUGUGGGGAAACGAAGUCUUCCAGAACUUGGGAGGUGAGGAAGGGGAGUCUGCUUGUGUGUCAGGAGCGAGCCGCGUUCGUAGAGAUUUGCCGAGCGCCUUUGAAGAGUUCGUGUGGGUUGAUUGUCAGCUGCCGGGUGAUGAAGUUCUUUGCGUAGGUGUUGUUUACAGGAGUCCCAGAAGCACGGAGUCCAACAGUCAAAACUUGAACCUUCUGCUGCGUGCUGUAUCUGAAUCCAAACCGCAUCAUUUGCUGUUAAUGGGUGAUUUCAAGUAUCCUGAGAUAGACUGGAACAACGAGAUUUUUCUGGAAUACAGACACUCUGUAUGGCAACAGCGACACAAGACCUUCUGCGCCGACCAGGAAGGUGUCCAGAGAAGAGGUGUCGAGAGAAGAGAAAAUCUCAAAGACAAGCCUUGCCAGGAGCUAGGCAGACUUUGGGCCUGCCUAGCUGGGAGCGCCGCAGACUGA